CCACAAUGCCUUUAGAUGUAGGUCCGAUUACAUCAUCAAAACGCGCUGUUACUCUGGCAACGUUUGUAAUGGUAUCCUUCGGUUUUAGGCAUGUAGCUAAGCUAGCUUGUUAACUUUGCUUGUAAAAUAUCAAAUGUUAUGCCGAAAAUAAGCUCUGACACGCUAUGGGAGCUGGCUGCGGCGGAGGUCCACAGUCGGGAGACUGAAGGUGGGGAGGAGGACGGAGGGGACACGGUCAGUGAGAGGAGCGUGUUUCUGAUGGGGAGCAAGGCAGGGGGUAAAACGUCCAUUCUCCUCAGAUGCCUCGACAGGGAUGAACCAUCCAAGCCAACUCUGGCAAUGGAGUACACUUUCGGUAGACGGGCCAGAGGACACAACACACCCAAAGACAUAGCCCACCUAUGGGAGCUGGGUGGUGGGACCUCUUUGUCAGACUUGGUUCAGAUUCCCAUCUCUCCUGCCAGCAUCAAGUCUCUAUCGGUCAUUCUCAUUCUGGACCUGUCUAAACCCAACGCCCUGUGGGAAACAAUGGAGAAGCUGCUGCAGGCAGCACAAGCUCAGUUGGAGAAAGUACUUUCCAAGGCACAGCAAGCACAGAGGACCAAACCUGGAGCUAAACAUCCGACGGCUGUCCAGUCAACAGCACGAGUCUUACCUAAAGACUACCCUGACAGAGAGCUGAUCAGUCCCUUUCCUGUUCCUCUCCUCAUCAUUGGCAGCAAAUAUGACAUCUUUCAGGAAUUUGACUCUGACAAGAAGAAAGUUGUCAGUAAAACACUGCGUUUUGUUGCCCACUACUAUGCAGCCUCUCUUAUUUUCACAAGCAUCAAGUCAGAGAGCCUCAUGUCAAAAACCAAGAGCUUCUUCUCCCACCUGGCUUUUGGUCUGGACAGAGGGAAAACUGUGUCCUGUGACUCCACCAAGCCUCUCAUCAUUCCAGCAGGCUCUGACUCCUUCAGCCAAAUAGGUUCCCCUCCCACUACUGAUAUGGACAUUACUUCUCUGCAUGCCAAAAACCCAAAGGACCUCUGGAAGAAAGUUUAUGACCGCAUCUUCCCCCAAGAGAAUACCAGCGAGCAGAGGGAACUAAAGGAUCCAGCUAAGGAUCCACAGUACAGUGAGCCUCAGAUUGAUGCCAUGAGAGCCCAGAAGGACCAGGAGUUGGAUCAGUAUAAGAGGAAUGCAGCCAAGUCGUGGAAAGGACUGGAGCUGGAGACAUGAGAGAUUAGAUAGACAGACAUCAAUCAGCUUUAUUGUCACACACAGAUGCAUCAUAUAUGUCUGUAAAUACAUUAUACAUUUUCCAUUAUUUAUUUCUUGGUAAUUCAUACAACUUGUAUAGCAAGAUAUUUCUUUCUGAAACAAUUUUAAACGUAUCAAAACUUUUUGUACACCGAUGAUGUUCUAAAAAAUAAACAAUUGUACAUUA